CUGCGCCCACGCUCAGCCUCCGGCGCUGAAUUGGUGGUAGGCGGGGCGGGCCUUGGGUCGCCGUCCGGAAGCGGAAGUGGAGGAAAGAUGCAGGACCAUCAGCACGUGCCCAUCGACAUCCAGACCAGCAAGCUGCUCGACUGGCUGGUGGACAGAAGGCACUGUAACCUAAAAUGGCAGAAUCUGGUGUUGACCAUCCGGGAGAAGAUCAAUGCUGCCAUCCAGGACAUGCCAGAGAACGAAGAGAUUGCCCAGCUGCUCUCUGGAUCCUACAUUCACUACUAUCACUGCCUCCGAAUCGUGGACAUUCUCAAAGGCACUGAGGCUUCCACAAAAAAUAUUUUUGGCCGGUACUCUUCACAGCGAAUGAAGGAUUGGCAGGAGAUUGUAGCCCUGUAUGAGAAGGACAACACCUACUUAGUGGAACUCUCUAGCCUCCUGGUUCGGAAUGUCAACUACGAGAUCCCCUCGCUGAAGAGGCAGAUCGCCAAGUGCCAGCAGCUGCAGCAAGAAUACAGCCGCAAGGAGGAGGAGGGCCAGGCCGGCGCCACCGGGAUGCGGGAGCAGUUCUCCCAGUCGUGCAAGCAGUACGGCAUCGCGGGAGACAAUGUCCGCAGAGAACUGCUGGCCCUGGUGAAGGACCUGCCCAGUCAGCUGACUGAGAUUGGAGCGGGGGCUCAGACUCUGGGGGAAGCCAUUGACCUGUACCAGGCCUGUGUGGGGUUUGUGUGUGAAAGCCCCACGGAGGAGGUGUUGCCGAUGCUGCGGUUCGUGCAGCGGCAGGGAAACUGCACCGUGUACGAGUGGAGGACAGGGACGGCGCCCUCCCAGGUGGAGAGGCCGCACCUCGAGGAGCCGCCAGAGCCCGUAGAAGAAGAUGCGAUUGACUGGGGUGACUUUGGGGUGGAGGUGGCUUCUGAAGGGACAGUCUCUGGCCUCUCUGCCCAGGCUGCUGGAAUCGACUGGGGCAUCUCCCUGGAAUCAGACUCAAAGGAAGCAGGGAGUGAUGGGAUAGACUGGGGCGAUGACAGUGCUGCCUUGCAGAUCACAGUGCUGGAAGAUGGAACCCAGGCUCCAGAAGGUGUUGCGAGGGGCCCUGAUGCUCUGACACUCCUUGAAUACCCUGAGACCCGGAAUCAGUUCAUCGAUGAGCUCAUGGAGCUCGAGAUCUUCUUGUCCCAGAGAGCAGUGGAGAUGGGUGAGGAGGCCGACAUCCUGUCGGUGAGCCAGUUCCAGCUGGCUCCCGCCAUCCUGCAGGGCCAGACCCAGGUGAAGAUGGUUACCAUGGCGUCAGUGCUACAGGAUCUGAUUGGCCGGCUUACCAGUCUUCGAAUGCAACACCUGUUCAUGAUCCUGGCUUCACCAAGGUACGUGGACCGCGUGACCGAGUUCCUCCAGCAGAAGCUGAAGCAGUCUCAGCUGCUGGCCUUAAAGAAAGAGCUGAUGGUGCAGAAGCAGCAGGAAGCGCUGCACGAGCAGGCAGCUCUGGAGCCAAAGCUGGACCUGCUGCUAGAGAAGACCAAGGAGCUGCAGAAGCUGAUUGAAGCUGACAUUUCCAAGAGGUACAGCGGGCGCCCCGUGAAUCUGAUGGGGACCUCUCUGUGAACCUUUCUUCCGGCCUUUAAGACAGUGGGGGGAGGGGGAGCAGCCAGAACUGAUGUCAUAGGGCCCUCCCUAGCAGGAAACCAGGCUGGGCAAUGAACAGAGCACCAUCGCCGAGGCUCUCCUUACAACGCGGUGGCCCGAAGCCUCAACACUUCUCGUUAUCUAGUUGGACUUAAUAAAGGAGGAAGAGACUCUUGCUUCACUA